AUGAUUGGCCGAAUGGUGGGGUUGGAGCCCAGUAGCAGGAGUGGGGUCUUGGAGGAGUGCAGAGAGUGCAGAGCCAUCGUUAUGAAGGGAGAUGGUGUACAGACCCCUUUGCAUAAAGGAGAUAGUAUAUUAGGUGGAGAGGGGGCCUGCCUUAUGAGGUAUGCGGCAUGGACAUUAAUCAGUGCGGUUGAUGUAGUGUAUUGCUCUUUGGAGACAAGGGAGAGUGUUUCUUUGACAUUCAAUCCAGAUGGUCAAGUGAUAGUGGUUCCGUUUAUGUUCAAAGGGUAUAACAUUGCAGCAUUGCCAACGACAAAGUUCGGUGACUUGAAGAAGGACACCAAGCAGAUAGAGAAUGUUGUAUCUUUUUUGAGAAGCGAUAUUUGUUAUGCAGUGUGGGAGUUUCUGGUCAGCUCGGUGCAGUACAAGGAUGAUGAUCGGUUUGAGAGGCUGUUUGACGAAAGAAUGAGGGGGUAUCUAAGGAAUAUAUCUGAAGGUACAUCAAAGGUGUACAUGAGAGGGAACAAGACGUUCAGUGAAUUGCUGGAAAUGGUGUGCGGGAGGAUGUUAGAAUGCAGUGGAAGGGUAGCGGGGGGGGGGCAUAGUAAGAUAUGGAAGAGAUGUCAUGAGAAUGCUUGA